AUGGGACAAGACAAGGUCAAACGUGACGUCCAAGAGCAGGAAGCGUCAAGCUGGGUUCUGGAAGAUGUCAACAGCAAACCGUUGCAACUUGUAGCCGAGGUCAAGCCACGCAAGAAACUACAUGUACACAAAGAAGCAAAGGUGUCUAACACCGACGAGGAAAAGCUGGUUGUACAUGAUGCGAAGGUUGUUGGCAAGACUUUCAAGGAACUUGGGGUUCCGGAGUGGCUUAUAGAUUUGGCAGCCAGCCUCAGAAUCACCACGCCGACCAAAAUCCAAGAGCUGUGCUUACCAGCGGCGCUCAAGGGCGAUAACGUUAUAGGCUGUGCGCAGACCGGAACGGGUAAAACAAUAUGCUUCUGUUGGCCCAUACUUAUCGCACUAUCCAAAGAUCCCUACGGGGUAUUCGGCCUCGUACUCACAGGAUCAAGGGAGCUCGCAUUCCAGAUCGGAGACCAGUUCAACAUAUUUGGGGUUCAGAUGAACAUCAAGAUAUGCGUGUGCGUGGGAGGUGUGGACAUCGUGCAGCAGUCGCUGGAACUCGAAGCGCGGCCGCACGUCGUCAUAGCCACUCCAGGCAGGUUGGCCGAGCAGGUGGACGUGAAGGAACGCAAUAUCGCAAAAGUAUUUGCAAAGGUCAAGUACUUAGUGUUUGACGAGGCAGAUAUACUGCUGCACCAGUCAUUCGAGGCACCUUUGCAAAAGGUCAUCAGCUGCCUCCCCUCGACCAAGGAAGGGAGGAUUACGUAUCUCUUCUCAGCCACCAUAACAAAGGCUAUACGAGCGCUAUGUGACUCAUUCAAGGGUGUUCAGUUUCACUUCUUCGACGUCACAAAGGGUCAGGAGGCUUCGUUCCGGGAUCUGGAACUCAAACAACACUACCUCUUCCUACCGCAGCAUGUACACCUGCCGUACCUCGUGCACAUCCUUCAGACGCAACUGCUGGAAAACGAAACGGACCAGGGGAUCAUAUUCACAGCUACCAAACGGCGAUGCCAACUUGUGGCGGUAGCUCUGGAUCUCUUGGAUUUCAAGGCCACGUGUAUACACUCGCUCAUGAAACAACGGAAGAGAAACGCCUGCCUCGCAAAGUUCAGAACUGGUGUCUCCAAAAUCCUAGUUGCCACAGACCUGGUUGCGAGAGGUAUUGACAUCCAGGCGGUCUCGUUUGUCGUCAAUCUCGACUUCCCGGGAACCACGGAGGAUUACAUACACAGGGUCGGGAGAACGGCAAGAUCAGGGAAGAGCGGCGUGGCAAUUUCGUUUAUAGACGAAGAUGAUGUGGAGAAGCUAAAGAAAGUGGAAGAGGAUGCAAAAGUCACGCUCACAAAGCUGGAGGUCGACGACAGCCAAGCAGUGAAACUGCUAAACAAGGUCUCAAUAGCCACACAACGAGCCAGAGUGUACCUGCAAGAAAAUAACUAUUUGCAGGACAAAUAG